GCUCUUUGAUCUUUGGACGGAAAAAAGGCGACGUCACGCGGAAGUGCGGGAAACGCCGGUUUCUUAGCAACCAGUGUUUGAAGUAUGGACGCGUCGAGGACGUGACCAGGGUCUGUGCCGGGUCGUAGGGCUGCGUAAAUAUAUUUAGCAAAAAAUGCACAACGCAGAAAUACUCGGAGCGACUCACAGAAAGCAACGGACGAGUAGUGAGAAAACACGAACCUGUGGGGUAGACGUGGAGGGUAUAAAGGAGCAGGUGAAGGAGAAAAGGAAACAAGAGGAGGAGGACAAGAAGAAACAAGAUGCACACGCUGCUAACAUGCUACAUAACAGCCGAGUAGCCUCCGUUCUCCAAAGCAGGGAGGAGAAGGAGAAGCGAGCGAUGGAAAAGGCCAUCGUCAGCUACCGGCACCAGCACCAGCACGACCCGAACGACCCGCGGCGCUGCGGACGAACCGACCCAGCGGAUGCGCAGAUGAUGCUCCCCGGACUGGCGGGCGAGGAUCCCGACAGCGGAGGUCGACUGCGGCGACAGAGGGAGCAGCUCAGAGAGUGGCUCGUCCAGCAGCAGCGCGAGCGGGAGGCACGGCGACGUCGGCUUCAGGCGGAAGAGCGGCGCUACGUCCAGAGCACAGAAGACAUGAACGCGAAAGCUGCGCAGCUCGAGAGGCUCGAGGUGGAGACGAGAAAGGCCGCAGCCGUGAACACCCAAGAGUACAACAAGGCCAAGGUAAAGGCUGAAGAAAAGCGUCAACAAGAGCAGGAUCGCAUGGACAAAGCCAGUCAAGCGGAGGCGACGAAGCAGCUGCUGAUGGGUGCAGACGUCUCAGUGCCCGGCCUUUGUCCCGGCAGCGAUAGGAGAGACCCGCCGGAGAGCUUACAGCAGGUCCUCCAGUACCAGCAGUAUCAAAUAGAGGAGAAAAGGAGGAUAGAAAUGAUGAAGAAACAGGAGGAGGAUCGUGAGGAGCGCGUUCGCUUGGACUCGGCCCGUGCAGCUCUGCUGAUAGAGAGGCAGCAGGCGAAGCUGAACAGGCAGCUGAGGCAGCACCUGGACAGCACCAACGUCAAGCUGGCUGAAAUACACGAGCAGAGUAAGCCGGAUAUUGAAAGAGGACACAUCGAUGACAGCUUCUUCUCUAAAUUCAACACCAGCAGGAGGUGAUGGAUGUCACACUGCACCGGUGACAAGGAGUGAUCGUGAUACAAAAACUAAAUAAAAUACCACACAAUAAAAGCUGUUGUUUUUAAAAGUUUAAUUUAGGCAGUUCACAGUAUUUAGGUUGCUGAGAUGAUUCUGAAAUGUUUUUAAGAAAUGUUCGUAGGCUACUGCUCCAGUGACAAAUAAGCCAGCAUGAGUAAAACAACCUAAUGUGAAAAUAUCCCAAUAAAAAAAAUAUAUAAAAACAAACAAGCAAAAACAAAAAACACAAAAAAAUAAAAAUAAGCCUUUUCUUCCAUCCCCAUUUAAGAAGCAAAUCAAAAACCCAAAACAACAGAUUAAAGGGAAGCAGCUGUCUCAUUGAAAACCUACAGUAAAUAAACCUGGAUCAGCAAAUACACUGAAAUGUUCCAUGUUAAAUAGACAUAACCUAAUGCCUUUGACUGAUGUGUUUGCAGCACAGUUCAAGUAAUUACUGUAUUAAAUAGAGAUAACAUGUUUCCCUAUAGAGCACUGUUGCAUUUUCCAUUUCCAUUCAUAAUUCACUCAAACUUC